GUAACAAUCACAGCACCAUCACACUUGUAAGCACUGCACACACAUUGCCGAAGCAUCCCACUAGUCAACUAUGCUCAACAAAAAUGAAACGUCUACCCAUCUUAUGGCUAGGUAUCAAAGACGAUGGUAUUGUAUUGAAAUGCCUGGGGCCAAACACAAAAUGUUUCAGGCCGCCGACCCCUAACUAAAUAGUCACUGCCAGCAGACCAUGUUUACUAGUAUUUUCCUGCAGCUAAUUCAUCUAAUUCAAGCAUCCUGCUGGCCUAGAUCUCUAGUGGAGGGGAUCUUCACUUGGCUGUCACCGUCAUAUACCGACGAUGGCGCUUGACUCGGUUUAUUGCGAACAUGAUGCUUCUUCACAACGGCCGUGAUGAAGAUCGAGCGAUUCCACUUGUGUGCAACAGACAUGGCCUCUUAGCACUCUCGACUCAGGAAAACACCGAGUAUCUAUUCAUUCUUUCGUCACGGAGGUUGAAAACAUGUGGACGCACUGAACGUAACCUCCAACCACACUCGUUUGAGAUCCGGCGACUAGGAUUUCAACUUUGCAGAAUCUCGCGACAUCACCAACUAUGGUUUCCAAGAAAGCCACGCGCACGAUCUAUUCCUCCGUUGGCUCUACAAGGACAUUAUGGCAACCAAACUCUUCCCAUUAUCCUCUGAGUGGGUUCGGCGCAUUGUUACUCGCCUCAGCCGGAACCAUCGUCUCAGUCAUCAUCUUGCUGGUGUCGAACGGGGACGACAUCAACUCCUGGAAAUUUCAGCCUACAGUCUAUCUCUCCAUAGCCUCUACCGUCACCAAUGUCACGGUGGUGUACGCCUUGUUUGAGGGACUUACCAUUGCCUGGUGGCACAAAGCAUUGAAGGAUGGCACAACCAUUGGCGACCUCCAUAGUGUCUGGGCUUGUGGCAACAGCGUCCUGGCAGCUAUCAUCUCCGGUCGCAACAUCAAUGUGGUCGCAAUCGCAAGCAUGUUUGUCGCCCUGAGCCCCAUCAACGGUCCUCUUCUUCAACGUGCCUCGACCUUUGGCAAUGCGACGAUCACGAGCCAACAGCCCCUUGACAUUGCCGCCAAACAACUCGUCCCCAGAGGAUACACGGGCAUAAUCACCGGUCGGGGUGACCAGGUCAAUAUGCUGACUAGUAACUUCUCAGCCACCGCGAGGGCAUACUAUGCCAGAUCACCCAUCUCUUACGAGUCCAAUUGCAAAGGUAGCUGCAGGACGAGGGUGUUAGGGGCAGGCUUCCACGUCAACUGCUCGUCGUAUGAAGCCCCGUACAACGUGACUGGCCUUAGCUUUGACAGUCCGACAGUGUUUGGCGCUUGGGUCGACUAUGACGUUCACGACAACCCGGUGUCAUUCAACCUCGAUGUCCAGACCAAGCCCGAGGCUGGCUGUACUGGAAAUCUGGCCGUGACCAAUUGUACCCUGACUGCUGGGACGGUGGAUUACCCGAUAGUUAUAGAUGGGGACGCUGGGACGGUCAGCCUCGACCCAGGUACCACCAUCUGGGACGACACGGUGGUGGGAGGUACCGAUGCUUUGAGCAGCGAAACGCAUCUUACCGAAGUGAGCACUUACGGAGGCAUCUUCCUGGCGCUUUCUAAUCAAUACACUACCGACCUUCAACUUCAGUUCUCCGGGGCGAUCGGAUGGGAAUUCAUCGGUGCACAGAGCGAGUCAUCCAUCGCCUACGCUCGUGGUGUGGAACAAGUUCCGAGCUGUGAUGUAUUCUUCACAGAUCCGCUUGCAGAUUUCUUGCAGGGAACCCGCGAGCUAAUCUUCCGAACGGCAAUCGCCACGGCAAACAGCAGCGACCUGCAAUCUGUCGUCGCCGAUACAUCCAGGGAUCACACGGUAUACAGAACCAGCUAUUUAUUUCUGAGCUUAGCAACUUUAGCCUCGGCGUUGGCCAUCAUCUCGGUCUUGCUGACCUUCAAUGGGUUUUGGAGAAUAGGCAGAAAGGUCUCGAUGAGCCCCGUCGAAACGGCAAAGGCUUUCAAUGCACCGAUCUUGAGAGACGCCGAUUCGAGCGCACCGGCAAAGGUACUGCUUGGACAAAUUGGAGGGAAAGCUGUCAAGUACGGCCUUGUCAAUCAGCCUUGUGGAGGGAUUGAUUCCGAGCCAGCAACGUCCAAGGACCACGGCCGAAUCAGCGUCCGCGAAACCACUCGAGGGAAUACAGGAGGGUCGAACAAUCUCUUGCGGAGAUUUUCCGGUUAUGAAAAUGUGGCCGGUGAUAGUGAUAUUGAGUUGACCAGCACAAGAGCGUAUCCAGCAACCACUGUUGCUCAUCUGGAGCUCGCCGAUCCGAAACGCAUUGUGCCACUGUAGAAGCGUGGUCAUGCUCAAUGCUUGGAAUGAGCCUUUGUGGUGAACGUUGAGUAUGUAUCUACAAUCAGCUACAAGUAAGACAGGAACGGCGCCACUUGGAGACCCCGUAAUCAGUGAACGAUGAGGCUGGAUUCCCAUACAUGCAGUAGUGAAGCGAGGCCGCACAAGGCUGGCGGAUUUAGUAUUAUCCGAGGAUGCGCCGGAGUUUGUCGGGCUGUAUGGAAGUAAUAUGUCAGGUACUCAAAGGUCACACGACGCUAAUCAAUAGCCA